CUCUCAUCUCCCUCUGGGCUCUGAGCUACUCAAGCUGCGGAUUUUAGGGACGCCCUCCGGGAGGGAAGUGAGGACUCAGCAAAGGGAGCUAUAAAGGCUACUGCAGCGCUGACAGAGCCCAGGGAGUCUGUGGGAGAAAGCAAACUGUUUCUUCCUCUCUCGACCAAGUCUAGGGUAAAGGAGGAAGUGGAGAGGACCAGCAAGAGGAAGAAAUAUCUGCUCUGAGAGCCACCCUAGAACUGGCGUGGCUCAAGCCUCCGGGGAACCCACCAGCACCUGCUUCCCUGGCUGUGUGUACAGAUUGCUGCUGGAGCCAAGCAGCAGCACCUGGCUCCCACAGCCCCCGGGCCGAGCCUCCACCUGCGUCUCUCCCCUGCCCUUCAUUCAGCAGCUGUGCUAGGGGCUGUGCCUUCUGCUGUGAGGUGACACCCAAAGACGGGCAGCCCUGGGCCACUGUGUGUUGCACAAUGCUGGCUCCUCCUUGAGCCUGAGUGCGCCUCGUGUUUGUAGCCGCUGCCAUUCUGAGCUUCCUCUCCGACAGCACCUGUGUCUCUGUGGAUAUGAAACUAAUUUCUAGAAGCCCCUUCCUGCUCUGAACCACCCAGAAAUCCUCCCAUUGGCAGGAUUAAGCCCUGAGAAGCUGGGUACUACCUGAGGGGACCUAGCAGAGGUUUCCACACAGCUGAGAAAUGGAGACACAGAAUCCAGUGGAAUGUGGCAGUUCUGAGAGUGUGAGAGACCAGUGCAGGCAACCCAGGACUAGCAGAAACAUGUGUCAGGAGACCAGUUUGGAGCAGGACUGUGGGAUGCCCGAACUGCGACUCCUUCUCCUGGGGAAACGUGGCUGUGGGAAAAGUGCCACAGGAAACACCAUUCUGGGUAAACCGGUGUUUGAGUCCAAGUUCAGUGAUCAACCAGUGACUACAAGGUGCCAGAGAGAAAGUAGGGUCCUGAGAGGGAAGCAGGUUGUGGUUAUUGACACCCCUGACCUUUUCUCCUCAAUGGCUUGUGCUGAAGACAAGCAACGCAACAUCCAGCAGUGCUUGGAGCUCUCUGUUCCCAGCCUCCAUGCGCUGCUCCUUGUAAUUCCUCUUGGCCAUUAUACAACAGAGGAUGAGGAGACUAUUGAGGGCAUCCAGGAGGUGUUUGGUGCUGAAGCCAAGAAGCAUAUCAUUAUUGUCUUCACUUGGAAGGAUGAUCUGACGGAUGACUUGCUGCAACAAUACACUGAAAACAAGAGGUCUCUUAUGGAGUUGGUUCAAAACAAUGGAGGCCGAUACUGUGCCUUCAAUAACCUGGCAGAUGGGGGUGAGCAGGACACCCAGGUGCUGCAGCUCCUUUGCAAGGUCCAGAGCUUGGUGGAUGACAGCCGAGGACCAUAUUAUGUGCACUUCAGAACUGAAGGCAGCAGGUUCCAGGAUUUUAUGAAUGAAGCCCCACCUCAGGAGGGGGACCAUCCACAUGGCCCAGAAGAGAGGCAACUUCAGGCCACAGGAUCUGAGCAGGACCCAGAGGCCUCAGAACUGAAGGUUCUCCUCCUUGGGAAGCGUGGUGUUGGAAAAAGUGCAGCAGGAAACAGUAUUCUGGGGAAGCGGAUCUUUGAGACUCGUUUCAGUGAAGAGCCUGUAACCCAGAGGUUCAGAUCUGAGAGAAGAAUCUGGAGAGAGAAGGAAGUUUUGAUCAUUGAUGCUCCGGACAUCUCAUCCUCCAGGGAUGUUGAAUCAGAGCUCAGGAAGCACACCUUUCCAGGACCCCAUGCCUUCCUGCUGGUGGUCCCACUGGGCUCCUACACCGAGAAAGACAAGGCCGUGCUAAAUACCAUCCGAAGAUGUUUUGGAGAAAACUUCAUCGAAUACACGAUCAUUCUCCUCACCAGGAUAGAAGAUUUAGGGGAUCAGGAUCUGGAUGUGUUCUUAAGAAGAGGAGAUGGAGCUCUCUAUGAGCUCCUCCAGAAGUGUGAAUUCAGAUAUAGCACCUUUAAUUACCGGGCAACGGGGCAAGAGGAGCAGAGGCAGGUAGACGAGCUCCUGCACAAAAUCCAGAGGAUGGUGCACCAGAAGGCAAGCAAGCCUUGUGUCUUCAGAAAACAAGAAACCCUGAACAUUAUCCUAGUGGGACGGAGUGGAGUUGGGAAGAGUGCAACUGGGAACACUCUCCUGGGCAGCCCCGUCUUCCUCUCUCAACUGCAACCCCAGGCAGUCACCAAGAAGUGCCAGAGCAGCAGGAGGACGUUGGACUGGCAGGACAUUGUGGUUGUGGACACACCCUCACUCUUCCAGAUGCCCAGUAAGGGAAAGGACUCAUCCUGGCCAGAGGAAGAGGUCCAGCGCUGUUUGUUCUGCUGUGAAGAAGGAGCCAUCAUUCUGGUGCUGGUGUUCCAGCUGGGACAAUUCACUGAAGAGGACAAAAGAGCAGUGGAAAAACUAGAGGCCAUCUUUGGGGAGGAUGUCAUGAAAUACACGAUUGUGCUGUUCACGCGGAAGGAAGAUCUUGCAUCUGGGACUAUUGAUGAUUAUGUCCGGAACACAGAAAACAAAGCCCUUAGGAAUGUACUUAGAAAAAGUGGGUGGCGAGUUUGUGCUUUUAAUAACAAAGAGACUGGCCAAGCCCAGGAAGAACAGAUGAAUGCUCUUUUGACAAUGGCCAAUGACCUGAGGAGAAGUCUUGGAGGACAUGAGUAUCCUCAUACCUGGAAGGAUAUAAGCAAGCGCAUUAAAAAUGCCCAGCAAAGGCACAGUCUCCAAACAUUAAUAAGUAGUCUGAAAGAUCUGUUAAAGUAGGUAGCUGAAGUGCCUGGUGUCUCUGCAAGGUAGAAGCAUCCAGAAGUUAAAGAGGGGAGGGUGGGGUAGAACUGUCAGGAUGGCAGGGGAGUCCAUGACUUUCAGUGCUUGAAAGAGAACUGCAUCCUAGGCUGUGAUGCUGCAGCUAUUCAGAGGAUACAACUACCUAUGUGGCUGAGGCAGGUAUUAGGGGACUGUAAAGAAGAAAGGGGGAAUAAAAUACAGAAACCUGAAAAAAAUGUUUCAAAAUUAGACUAAUACUGAGGGUCAGGCCAGCUCACAAGAAUCACCUUUCCUAUGUAGGUAGCUUGGAGUCAGGACAGACCCAUGGCCAAGGCAGAGACAACUAGGGAGUCAGAAUACACAUAGCUACACAAAAACCAGGGAAUCCAGAUACAUAGAUCAGGGCAAUAUCCAGCACACUCCUGGGUCAUAGGCACUGUCCAACAAUGCAGGACAUCUGGGAUGUCCAGGGCUGUCUUGCAAGCCUGCUGGUUCCAUGAUGUCCUGUGUAUCCUCACUGGCUCCUUGGGGCCAGUGAGUUUCUUUCCUCAUGUGGUGACUAUCUCUUAGUGUUCUUCUUAUUGCAUACCUGCAUGUAAAGUGGGACACAGUCUUCCACUGCUUGUGGAAAUGGGUGUGAAUCUUUUGAGACUGUAUUGAUCAGCAUCACAUUGAAAUAGACUAUAAGAAAAGUCACCAGCACAAUAAAAUUACCAUGAUUAGAGAACCAAUUCUCCAGUUAGGGUUCUAAUAACCUAAGUGUAAUUCUAGAUUUUCUCUAGGUAAGGUUACUAAAAACUCUUUUGUAUUCCCUUCAGAUAAUAAUGGGCUAAACACAUUAGAGGUGUAUUGAAUCUCCUGUCAAGAAGCCCAGGAGUUCCUGGUGGACAUCAACUUGCUAGCUUCAUUCCAUCUGGCUCCCUUAGCUCCACUGACCUUGGAAUUCCACUAUCAAACUUGCACUUGAUUGCCAACAUGGUGGUGCUUUAUCAAGGGCUGAGCAGAUUCUAUUGGGAGAAGCUUGGUGUGGAUGAGAUGUGAGGUGAAAACUAUGUAAUUUUCUCUGAUGUUUUCAGCAUCAACCACUCUAUACAUACCUGAGGACAGGAUCUAUGUCACCUGUUUUUCUUCCCAACAAUAUCAGGCUAUCUUCAAGAUUAACUCAUUUAUAGGAAUAGACUCUCAUGAUUAAUCCCUUUUGGAUGCUCCCCAACCCUUCACAUAAUAACUUCUAGAAAAUGAUUGUGUAAAUACAUUCAUUUGAAUCAAAUAAUAAAAAUGAGCUCUAUUAUAAAUUAACAUUCUUCUGACU